AUGGAUCCCUCCGACGCCAGCUACAUCCCUGAUGAACCAGUCCUGGGAACUUUUCUCAUCAAUCUCGGUGAUCUCGCCACAGUGUGGAGCAAUGGGAAGCUGCGGCAGGGGGUUGAGCAACGAGAUGGCGCAGCUGGAGGCGGCUCUCUGGUCGACGAUGGCGGUGGCGGCGAGGAACGAUUUGCUCCCCAAGGCGGCAUUGCAGCCGGCACAGGAGCAGCAGGGGUUUGA